CGGAAUUCGAAGCUACUCGUGGCGCCAAACCACCCGAUCGCCAGUUCAACUUUCGCUGCACCACCGACAGCCAUGGCCCGCGGCCGCCCGUACGAAACGAUCGCGCUAGGCGAAGACACGGGGCUCACGGCGACGGGCCGGUCGAACCUCGCCGCGCUCAGUCGCCACCGGUGGUUCCUUCUCGCACUAACAGGCGUCAGCGCACUCUUUUACGCGGGCGUCGAGCUCCUCCCGGCGUGGGACGUGCCCAUCGCGUCGACGACAACGCUCAACCACCGAGCGACUGUUGUGCCCGAGAAGAAAUUCGUGCCCCGCAUCGAUGACUCGGACGAAGUCGACACGUUCUGCGGCAUCGUGGGCCAAGAAUCCGGCUACAUUGCGCUCCCCAACAAGAAGGACGACCACUACUUUUACUGGUUCUUCGAGUCGCGGCGCAACCCGGAGAAGGACCCACUCAUUCUCUGGCUCACGGGCGGCCCCGGCUGCUCGAGCAUGCUUGCGCUCCUCUACGAGAACGGGCCCUGCGUCGUGACGAAAGAUCUCAAGACGCAGCUCAACCCGCUCUCGUGGAACAACAUUGCCAACGUCAUUUGGCUCGACCAGCCGACCGGCGUCGGCUUCUCGUACGGCGACAAGGACGACUACGACAUGAACGAAAACCAAGUCGGCGAGAACAUUUGGUUCUUUCUCCAGGGCUGGCUCGCGGCCAACCCGCGCUUCCAUGGCCGCGACUUUUACAUCUUCGGCGAGUCGUACGGCGGUCACUUUGUUCCAGCGGCCGCCCACGCCAUCUUUACGCGCAACCCGAGCGUCCAUGACGACGAACAAGUGAUUGCCCUCCAGGGCAUUGCGAUUGGAAACGGUCUCACCGACCCUAUUGAGCAGUAUGCGCACGCCGCCGAUAUGACUGAGAAUGCGUACAACCUCACGCUUGUCUCGCCCGAGUUUGAAGCGUCCAUGAAGGCUCAAGUGCCAGCUUGUGUCGAGAUGGUCACGCAGUGCCAAACUGACGAUUCGGUGUGUGCGGAUGCCCAAGCGUUCUGCCACGAGGCGCUCGUGAACCCGCUCUUCUUGACGACCGGGCGCAACCCAUACGACAUCCGCAAGCCGUGCGCCGGCGGCCAAUCCAUCGGAUGCUACGACUUUAGCCACAUUGAGGCGUUUCUCAACUCACCGGGGAUCAUGGACGUCCUUGGCGUCGACACGGACAAGGUGGCGCAGUGGCAGGAGUGCAACUUUGAGAUCAACGCGCAGUUUGGCAACGACUGGAUGAAGGUCUAUUCGCCGUACGUGCCCCCGAUGCUGGACGCUGGCAUCCGCGUCAUGGUCUACGCCGGCGACGCCGACCUCAUGUGCAACUGGCAAGGCAACGAAGCGUGGACCAAGCACUUGCCCUGGUCGGGCCAUGCGGCGUUCAACGCGGCGGCCAACCGUCCGAUGCUCUUUCAGGACAAACCGGUCGGCGAAGUCCGGUCGGCGAAAGGACUCACGUUCCUCCGCGUCUACGAAGCCGGGCACAUGGUGCCGCUCGACCAACCCGAAGUGUCGCUUGCGAUGGUCGACACUUUUCUCCGCAACGAAGCGUUCUGAUUCUAACACGAAAUAUGAAGAAUAUUGUAUCUGGCCAAGGACGAAAUUCCGCCUACGAGCGUUGACCGCCGACGACAUCCCUAAACCUACCAAUGCCAAUGCAAACCUUAACCCAUUUAUUCCUUCA